AAUAGAAAUCAUGAAUAAAUAUCAUAUUGGGAGAGAAAUGCUUGCGUUCUGCGCCAUGCUCGUGGAAUACCUGGGAUUCUUACCCUGCUAAAAACAAAAGGCAUUAACCUUUACAAAUGCCUUCAAUACCUUUACAAUCAAAACUGCCAAGGGUUACAGAACCAUCUUUAAAGAAUUUGACGAAGUUGAAUUAUGGGAAACCUGAAGAAGCUCAACACCCUCCUAUACAGGACCUCACAAGACCUCAUGUAGAUUCAUUCAAUUGGUUUGUUAACGAUGGUGUGAAACUCCUUGCUAAAGGACUUGCUCCAUUGGAAGUGCUUAUCAAUAAUGACAGACUCGCGCUUUCAUUUACUGAUAUAUCUGUCGAAAAACCCAAAAUUGAAGAUGGGUUUAGAAACUGCAGAACAACGCAAGUUUACCCUUCUGAAUGUAGGCAGCGUGGGGCUACUUACCAAGCAAAAAUUCAAGCUUCAUUGUCUUUUGAAAUCAACGGGAUGAAGCAGGGAACAAUACCAAGAUGCCUCGGUACCAUUCCAAUCAUGGUAAAGUCGGAUAGAUGCAACCUCCAUGGGUUAAGUCCGAAAGAGCUGGUUGAGAAGCAGGAAGAAGAGCAAGAGAUGGGAGGUUAUUUUGUUGUCAACGGAAAUGAGAAAGUCGUCCGAAUGCUCAUCAUGCAGAGGAGGAAUUAUCCUGUUGGAAUAGUUCGGCCUUCUUGGAAGAACCGUGGACAAAAUUACACAGAGUUUGGUGUGUCCGUACGCUCAAUGACUGAAGACCAAACAACUGCACCAUUUGUUCUUCAUUAUCUUAGCAAUGGAACGGUUACUAUCUGUGUGUAUCAUCGGAAAGAAAUGUUUUUUCUUCCACUUGUGCUUAUUCUAAAAGCUCUAGUGCCGUUUUCAGACAGGGAUAUCUAUAAAGAGCUCAUCAAAACUAAAGAGGAUGACACUUACUUCACCUGCUGUGUGCAAAACAUGCUUCGGCAAGCACAAGCAUACAAUUUGUUUGAACAAAAAGAUUUUCUACGGUACUUGGGCGAAAAAUUCAGAAUAAAAUUAAACCGGGCAAGUUGGUAUAGUGAUACAGACAUUGCUCAUUUCAUGCUAAAACAUCAUGUUCUUAUUCAUUUGGAUUCUAAUGAGGAUAAGUUUCGACUAAUUUCUUUUAUGACAAGAAAAGUAUUCGACCUUGCUUUGGGAAAAUGCAUGCCCGAUGAUGCGGACUCUGUGCAAAACCAGGAAGUUCUGCUUCCAGGUCAUUUAUUUCAAAUGGUCAUAAAAGAAAAACUUAAUCUUUGGUUGCUUACACUGUCCAGAGUUGUUCUAAGAAAAGCAACAGCAGCAAAAGCAAAAACUGCCAUUCCGGGCUUGAGUUCAGUGCUCAUACAAAACAGCAUGUCUAGUGUGCCCGACGUUACUAGUGCUAUGAGUUAUCUGCUUGCUACAGGUACCCUUGUGUCCAACACAGGUUUAGGACUCAUGCAGUUUGCAGGACUUACCGUGAUUGCUGAUAAGUUGAACUACAUGCGAUAUAUAUCUCACUUUCGUUGCAUCCAUAGAGGAGCAUUUUUUGCUCAAAUGAGAACGACAACUGUGCGAAAACUACUUCCAGAAUCAUGGGGCUUCCUCUGUCCCGUGCAUACUCCUGAUGGCUCACCAUGUGGUCUCAUGAAUCACAUGAGUUUUCUUUGUGAAAUUGUGACACAUCCCCCAUCAAACGAUGCGAUGCUCCCUUUACUUAAUCGGUUGGGCAUGCUUUCCCCAACCACAAGUGAGGUUGCUGGCUUUGGCAAGUUUUAUCCAGUUAUACUUGAUGGCAAACUAAUCGGUUGGAUGCCUGUACACCAAGGCCACCAAGCAGUAAAUGUAAUUCGUUGUAAAAAGGCACGAGGACAGGAUAACGUUCCUAUUACUCUUGAAAUUUGCCUAAUUGAAUACACUGGAAAACCCACUCAGUAUCCUGGCCUGUAUCUCAUGUCACAAGAAGCAAGAAUGGUUCGUCCUGUCAUGAACCUCAUCACAGGCACUGUUGAAAUGAUUGGUUCGUUUGAACAAGUCUACAUGAACAUCUGCAUCAUACCUGAAGAAGCUCACAAAAUGACAACGCAUCAAGAACUGAGCCAGCAUUCUAUACUAAGUGCUGUUGCGUCACUGACACCUUACUCUGACUUCAACCAGUCACCAAGAAAUAUGUACCAGUGCCAAAUGGGUAAGCAAACAAUGGGUACACCGUGCCAGGCAAUUGCAUACAGGGCUGACAACAAGCUGUACAGAAUUCAAACUCCACAAGCAGCAUUGGUAAGACCAUACAUGUAUGAUCACUACAAAAUGGAUAACUUUCCAUUUGGUCAAAAUGCAGUGGUAGCAGUGAUCAGUUAUACGGGUUACGACAUGGAGGAUGCCAUGAUAUUAAACAAGGGGAGUUUUGACCGUGGAUUCGCGUAUGGAACUAUUUACAAAACCGAUCUUAUUGAUUUAUCUUCAAAAGUGGGCGAUAGAACCGUUAACGUAACAUUUGGCACAAAUCCAAAAGAUGAUCGAUUUCCUGAUCUGAAUUUGGGAGCAGAUGGACUCCCUGCUGUUGGGCAGAGACUGCUUACUGGUGACAAUUAUUACAGCUAUAUUGACCAUAGUAAUUCUGAAAUGAAAGUUGUAAAGUACUCAGGUCAAGAAACUGGUUAUGUUGACAGUGUUAGAGUACUGAGUAAUAAUGCUGGUACGGGUCACUUUAAAAGAGUAUCCAUUGUUUUAAGAGUGCAAAGAAACCCCAUUAUUGGCGACAAGUUUGCAAGUCGACAUGGACAAAAAGGUAUUUGUUCUCAGAAAUGGCCGAUGGCGAAUCUCCCCUUCACUGAGAGUGGAAUGUUUCCUGAUAUCGUAUUUAACCCUCAUGGUUUUCCAUCUCGUAUGACAAUAGGAAUGAUGAUUGAAAGUAUGGCUGGAAAAUCAGCUGCUAUGCAUGGGCAUUGCUACGAUGCAACGCCUUUUACUUUCACUGAGGAUAAACCAGCGAUUGAGUUUUUCGGCGAUCUUUUAACAGAAGCUGGAUACAAUUAUUAUGGAACAGAAACAAUGUACAGUGGUGUCAGUGGCCUUGAAAUGGAGGCUCAAAUUUUUAUUGGGAUCGUUUAUUACCAACGACUUAGGCACAUGGUGUCUGAUAAGUUCCAAGUGAGAACAACUGGCCCUGUGGACAUGAUCACACAACAACCAGUGAAAGGAAGGAAACGUGCAGGUGGUAUCCGGUUCGGGGAGAUGGAAAGAGAUGCUCUGCUUGCCCAUGGUUGUGCUAUGCUUCUAUACGAUCGACUUCUGACAAGUUCAGAUUGCUCCAAAGCCCGCUUGUGCGAAAAAUGCGGUAGUCUUCUUACUACCAUGAUAGAAAAGGAGCAAGACGGGACACAUGUACAUUUAUCUGAACAAAAAUGGAUAUGCAGAGCGUGCCAUACAGGCGAUCAUAUCGUGCUUGUUGAUAUUCCAUUUGUGUACAGAUAUCUCGUCAAUGAACUUGCUGCAAUGAACAUUAAAACUAUUCUGUCUGUUGAGUAAAUUUAGGAUUAUUUGGUUUAUGUAUUAUUAUUAUGCUAGUUUAAAAUUGCUCGAAGUGGUUUGGGCUAUGAGUAUGUUUUUGUUAUGACAGUUUUUGUUGUAAACGCAUUGUGCGUAAAAUUUACUUUUAUCAAUGGACCUAAAUGGCAAUCAGUUGUCUGCAUGUUUUUUUCAUGUAAAUUUGUUGUAUGUAUUUUUUAACACUGCCUCAUACAGGGAAUUCAAAACUGCCAAAAAUCAUUUAAAUCAUGAUGUUCAAUUCUGGUGAAUAAUUUUGACUUUUUUUACAG